GCAGCUUUUGGCAUCUAUGGUAUUGGGCACUGCUUGUUUUUCUUCAUUCUUCAACCCGUUGAAUUAUUCUUCUUGGAAAUUGGAAUAGGUGACCACGGGAAAUGGGUUUGACUUGCCGGUAUAGCCUCCUCCUGUCUUUGUGGCUUGUGGGUUACUUACAUACCUAUAUAACAUACAUAAUACACACAUUUGUUUUGCAAUUUGUUCUGCUACUUUAUUUGCUUUAUGCUCAAGCACGUAAUGAAGUCAGAACUGUGUAGACUUCUUGGUGAUGAUCAAAUUCAAACCUGUAUUCUAUUGCCACAAGCCCCAUGAAAGGAAUGGGAACACCAAAUCUUGGGCCCAAAACGUGGGUAUUUCUUUAAUUGCACAGGUUUCAUGCUUUUUGAACUUCCCUUUCUGAUUGAUGGUGAUUGAAGGUAAUCUCCAUUUCCUUGUACCCUUUAAUGCCCAGUCAUAUUCAUACUGAGUUCUGUUACGUUCGCUGUCUGAUCUAAGUCUGGCCAAAACUAUUACCUUCUUUGCUCUUAAUAGUAUCUCAAUCUGUAUCGUUGUUGAAAACCUUGAUUGUUCUUGGCUCUAAAUAGUAUUCAUGGGUAUCUACCUAAAUCCUUGUUGAAAACCUUUGAUUGUUUGAUAUACUACUUGUCUUGGUGAUUUUUUCGAUUGGUAAUCACUCUUUCCGUCCAAGUUUGUGAUUCUUAUCUACUCGAAAUACUCAUGUCGUAGUUUCUAAAUGAAGAUUAGCAUAAGUGAUUGAGGAUCCAUCAUUUAGUACCUUAAUCAGUAUAUGCUAAUCUGCCCUUUGGAAUUCGUGAACAUAUUUUCUGGUGCCCGCUUGUUUUUCCUCCAAAUUUUGGCAACAUAUUGGCCAUUGCCUUCUCUGAUUUUAUUUCCUAAACAUAGGUAUUACCCAGUUGAAAUUUAUUAGCCACUUUAUAUACCCAUUACUUAUUCCUUCUAUUUAGUUGCGAACAGAUAGUUCAAGAAACACAUUGUUAAUAUGUUUGCAUCAUAAGUAUCGAUGUCAUCUUGCUGUGGCCUUCCCCUUCUUGAAUGUGUGUACUGUUUGGCUUGUGGCCGUUGGGCGUGGAAGAAACUCCUUUACGCAGCAGGAAAUGAAAGUAAGAAUUGGGGCAUUGCCACUGCUGCUGAAUUUGAGCCUGUACCUCGCAUGUGCCGGUAUAUUCUCGCAGUCUAUGAAGAAGAUCUUCGUAACCCAAUUUGGGCCCCACCUGGUGGAUAUGGUAUGAAUCCCGAUUGGGUAGUUUUACGAAGAAGCUACGAAGAAACCGAGGGAAGGGUUUCUCCAUACUUGAUAUACCUUGAUCAAGAUAAUGCUGAUAUAGUCUUACUAAUCAGAGGGCUAAAUUUGGCAAAGGAAAGUGAUUAUUUGGUCUUACUUGAUAACAAAUUGGGGCAAACAAAAUUCGAUGGAGGUUAUGUUCAUAACGGGCUAUUGAGGGCAGCACAAUGGGUAUUUGAUGCAGAGUCUGAGAUUUUGAGGGAAUUAAUUGAGAGACAUCCGAGCUACACUUUGACUUUUGCUGGGCAUUCUCUGGGUGCAGGGGCAGUAGCACUGUUAGCAAUGUUGGUCAUCCAGAAUAGGGGACAUUUGGGAAAUAUUGAGAGGAAUAGAAUUAGGUGCUUUGCCAUUGCUCCUGCUAGGUGUGUAUCGCUAAAUUUGGCUGUGAGAUAUGCAGAUAUCAUCAAUUCUGUCGUGCUUCAGGAUGAUUUCUUGCCUCGGACAACCACGGCUCUGGAAAAUCUUGUGAAUUUUCUUUUCUGUUUGCCAUGCUUACUAUGCAUACUCUGCCUGAAGGAUACAUGCAUAUUAGAUGAGAAGAGGCUUCAAGAUCCGAGGCGGCUCUAUGCACCUGGUCGUCUCUAUCACAUCAUAGUGCGGAAGCCCUUCAGGUUUGGAACAAUUCCCCCGAAGGUGAGGACAGCGGUACCUGUAGAUGGGAGAUUUGAGCAUCUAGUCCUGUCUUGCAACUUAACUUCUGACCAUUCCAUUAUUUGGAUAGAGAGAGAAUCCCAAAGGGCUCUUGAUUUAAUGAUGGAGACAGAGCGAAUUAUGGAGAUUCCGGCACAGCAGAGGAUGGAGCGGCAGGUCUCUCUUGCUAGAGAGCACAGUGAGGAGUACAAGGCAGCCUUACAAAGGACUGUAGCACUGGAUGUGCAGGAAGCUCACUCACCUUCUUCAUAUGGAACCUUCGACGAAAUAAACGAGGAAGGGGAUAAUUGCAGCAGUUCACGGACAGAAUUUUCUUUCGUGUCAUCCAAGAGGAGGAAAGAGAGCUGGGAUGAUUUGGCUGGUCGCCUUUUUGACAUUGAUGAGUCUGGGCAGAUGGUACUGAAGAAGUAGUAGGCCUUUGUACGGUGGCUAAAUGAAGCUUUAUAGAAUACAAAGUCAUUUUUUUGUUCAUGUGUUCACAUUGUAUGAUUCUUUAGGAAUUCAAAAGGGCUAGUUGUAUCAGCAGAUUUAGUUGUUCGAAUGUUCGUAUUGAAUGAUUGUUGAGGAAUUCAAAAUGGCUAGUUGUAUCAGCAGAUUUAGUUGUAAAGGAUUGUUGAUUUUUCAUGGCAA